AUGGUGAGCACCUAUGUCGACACGAGAACUCGCAAGCAGGCAUCAUCCAUGGCUCCCAACCCCGGCAAGGCCACGAUCAUGGCCCUCGGCCACGCGUUCCCGCAGCAGCUUGUCAUGCAGGACUACGUCGUCGAUGGCUUCAUGAAGAACACCAACUGCGAUGACCCCGAGCUCAAGGAGAAGCUCACGAGACUAUGCAAGACGACGACGGUGAAGACCCGGUACGUGGUGAUGUCCGAGGAAAUUCUGAAGAACUACCCGGAGCUGGCCCAGGAGGGCCUGCCGACGAUGAAGCAGCGGCUGGACAUCUCCAACAAGGCUGUGACGCAGAUGGCCACGGACGCGUCGCUGGCCUGCCUGCGGUCGUGGGGCGGCGCGCUCUCGGGGAUCACCCACCUCGUCUACGUCUCGUCUAGCGAGGCGCGGUUCCCGGGCGGGGACCUGCACCUGGCGCGCGCCCUCGGUCUCAGCCCGGACGUCCGCCGCGUCAUGCUCGCCUUCACUGGCUGCUCGGGCGGCGUCGCGGGACUCCGCGUCGCCAAGGGCCUCGCCGAGAGCUGCCCGGGGGCCCGCGUACUCCUGGCCACCUCCGAGACCACCAUCGUGGGGUUCCGCCCGCCCAGCCCCGACCGCCCCUACGACCUCGUCGGAGUCGCUCUGUUCGGCGACGGCGCCGGCGCAGCCGUCAUCGGCACGAACCCCACCCCCGUCGAGUGCCCGCUCUUCGAGCUCCACUCGGCCCUGCAGCGCUUCCUUCCGGACACGGAAAAGACCAUCGACGGGCGGCUGACGGAAGAGGGCAUCAAAUUCCAGCUGGGCCGGGAGCUCCCUCACAUCAUCGAGGCGCACGUGGAGGACUUCUGCAAGAAGCUGAUGAAGGAGCGGGAGGGCGACCACGGCGCCACCGAUCUGAGCUACGACGACUUGUUCUGGGCAGUGCACCCCGGCGGGCCGGCGAUCCUUACCAAGAUGGAGGGCCGGCUGGGUCUGGGCGCCGACAAGCUCCGCGCGAGUCGGUGCGCCCUCCGGGACUUCGGGAACGCGAGCAGCAACACCAUCGUUUACGUGCUAGAGAACAUGGUGGAGGAGACCCGGGGCAGGAAUGAGGCGGCGGACGACGGGGAGGACUGCGAGUGGGGGCUCAUCCUGGCGUUCGGGCCGGGGAUCACGUUCGAGGGCAUCCUGGCCAGGAACCUGCAGGCGCGCGCGCGGCUCAACUAG